AUGGAGGUACAGGCAGCUCAGCAUCACAAGCCUCUCGCAAUUAUUGGGCUGGCAGCCAAAUACGCGCAAGAUGCAAAAGAUGUUAACAGCUUCUGGGACUUCCUUGUAGCAGCUCGAGAGGCGACGACGAGCUUCCCAGAAGAUCGAUUCAACAUCAAAGGCUAUUAUCACCCGGACCCUGAACAUGCUGGAACGACACACACUCAAGCGGCCCAAUUCCUCUCUGAGGACCCGAAUUCAUUCGAUGCCGCCUUCUUUUCUGUCAGUAAGACUGAAGCAGAGAGUCUCGACCCUCAGCAACGGCUGGUCAUGGAAAAUGUCUAUCACGCGCUGGAAAAUGCCGGGCUGCCGAUGCAUAAAGUUGUAUCUUCUAACACCGCCGUCUUCGUGGGUGGCUUCAAUCAUGACCAUCGUGACCGACUGAGCACCGAUCUAGACAUUGCCUUGAAGCACAAGCCCACGGGUUCCGAAGUCUCGAUGAUCUCGGGACGAGUUAGCUGGUUUUAUGAUCUCAAGGGCCCGAGCCUGACUAUAGAGACUGCGUGUUCCAGCUCGAUGGUUGCCCUCCACCUGGCUGCUCGCAGUCUACAUGCCCAAGAAAGUGAUAUGGCCAUUGUCAGUGGAGCAAAUGUUUACAGCUCACCCCAUCAUGUCUUGGCCUUCAGCUACUCCGGUUUUCUUGGUGCAGAAGGGAAGUGCUUUACCUUUGACCACCGAGCUAACGGGUAUUCUCGAGGGGAAGGCGUGGGAACCCUCAUUGUGAAGGAUUUAGAGAAGGCACUUUCUGAUGGCGACACAAUCCGCUCCGUUAUUCUUGCCACAGCCUUAGACCAUGAUGGUCGAACCCCGGGUCUGACUUACCCCAGCGGAGACGCACAAGUUCGUUUAAUACAGAGUGCGUAUCAGAGCUGCGGUCUAAACCCCGCGGAGACUAGUUUUGUCGAGGCUCAUGGGACAGGAACGUCUGCCGGGGAUCCGAUUGAGGUUAAGUCUCUUGCGCAAGCUUUUCAAACCCCCCAGCGAGGUCAACCUCUCUAUGUUGGCGCCGUCAAGUCCAAUAUCGGCCACCUUGAGGGUAGUUCCGGAAUUGCAGGCAUCUUAAAGACCGUCCUGAUACUUGAGGCUGGGCUUAUUCCGCCAAACGUCAACUUUGAGAAAGUAAACCCUCAAAUUAAGCACGAUGAAUGGAACAUACGUUUUCCACUUCAGGUUACUCCCUGGCCAGGGACCGGUGCACGUCGGGCUUCUGUCAAUUGUUUUGGUCUCAGCGGUACGAACGCUCACUGCAUCCUUGAAGAUGCUUAUGGCUACUUUAAGCGAAUGGGCCUGUCUGGGCACCAUAAUACUCGAUCGAUUGCUUCCCCUCCUUAUCAACAUGAGCCUGAAUCUACUGAGAACCGCUUGGGCCAGGCACUAUACGACAAAGAAAAGCAGAAGAUCACAUCGAAUCUCAAGUUGCUGCUAUUUUCCGGCUUCGACGAAGAAGCUCCUGCACGGGUAGCUUCACAAUUAUCGUCCCACAUGGAAACCAGAGCUGAAGAUGAUGGCGGAGCUUUGUUGGAUAUUGCAUACACGUUGUCAGAAAGGCGCUCCAGAUUUCGGUGGAAUAGUUAUAUGCUGGCUACAUCCUGUGAAGAUUUCAAGGCGCAGGUGGCACAGGGACGCGGCUUGUCACAGUCUCGGGGGGGCCAGACGCCACCACGGAUCGGAUUUGUUUUUACCGGACAGGGCGCGGUCGAUCCUCGAAUGCCCGAACAAUUGCUCCAGUACCCCAUUUUCCAGGACUCCAUUGCAGCUGCGUCAGCAUAUUUGACCCUUCAAAAUUGUCCGUUCGCGUUCAGAGACAGGAUCUUCAGCACCAGCGAGCACCCAGAUACUGAAAACUCGGAGAUUUCGCACAUUUGCUGCACGAUAAUUCAAGUAGCCCUGGUGGACCUUCUAGCCAGCUGGGGUAUUCGGCCGAGUUGUGUUGUUGGUCAUUCAUCUGGUGAGAUAGCAGCAGCCUACUGUGCAGGAGAGAUCAGCCGGGAGGUGGCCUGGAAUGCUGCGUAUCACCGCAGACUCCUGAACUCAAAGAUUCAGGGCAUCCCGAAAGGGGCAAUGUUGGCUGUCGGUCUCGAGAGUGCUGCCUUGCUAUCCUAUGUGGAGGAGGUUCGCCGCAGACUGCCUGGAGAACUUGUCGUUGCGUGUUACAACAGUCCCCAGAAUCAUACCGUAUCCGGGGAUGAGAACCUGGUCUUGGUAUUGGAGCAAAUGCUGGAAAAAGACUCGGUCUUUUCGCGCCGCCUCAGAGCCCCAAAUGCGUACCAUUCUUGCCGUAUGAAGAACAUUGUGGAUGAGUAUGAGGCUGCGUUAGAGAACGACUCUGCAGAACCCGGCUAUCAAACACCUUUAGAGCACAGAAUCCGGAUGUUCUCAAGUACUACCGGCGACGAAGUUACGCGGUCGUCGUUGACCAAAAGUUUCUGGGCCCAGAGCGUUGUUUCGACUGUCAAGUUUUCCCAGGCAUUAGAACGGAUGUGCUUUGAAGAUGGCCGCAGUACAGUCGACGAGCUGAUUGAGAUUGGGCCUCAUUGUGCUUUGCAAAGCGCGAUCAAAGAAACUCUAGCUGGCAAGGAGUCCAUCGCGUGCCGAAUGACACUUAGCCGCUCUGACCCCUCGACGAGGACAUUGCUGGAUACAGUCGGUCAUCUUGCUGUUGCUGGUGCAAAUGUCAAUCUGUUUGAAGUCAACACUAGCUCUCAGUCGCCAGACAGGAAGCCUAAAUUGAUUGUCAAUCUGCCGCCGUACCCUUUCAACCAUGCCGAGAGAUCUCUGUAUGAGAGCCGGUUGAGUAGGGCACUGCGGUUCAGGCAACGUGGGCGCCACGAACUUCUCGGUACCCCUAACCCUGAUUCGAACGACUUGCGCCAAAGCUGGAAGCACUACCUACGAGUGAGCGAGAAUCCGUGGUUACGAGAUCACAAGAUUGCAGAUCGAAUCGUCUUCCCUGGCGUCGGAUACCUGGUGAUGGCCAUUGAGGCCAUGCGACAAAACGGGAGUGGGAACUCUCCUGCAGGUUACCGUUUUCGAGACGUGAACCUGAAGACGAUGCUUGUGGUCCCAGAUGAUAAGCACGGCAUCGAGGUUUGUUUUUUUAUGUACCUUGUGAACGAGUCAAACCUGUCGACGUCAGCCGUAUGGAAUCGUUUCUCUGUCAGUUCAUAUAACUUUGAGCUGGAUCAAUGGGUUGAGCAUUGCACGGGGUCUAUUGCCGGUGAUCCGGCGAUACUCCCCAAUCCUGUCACUGCUGGCCGCGAAGCAGCAAUCCUCCAGGAAACCUGGAUCGAAACCCAACAGCAAGCUUCUGCAUGUCGGAUACCAGUGGACACCAGCCAAUUCUAUGACAAUCUUUGCUCUGCCGGGAUUCAGUUUGGUUCUUUGUUCAGAAAUUUAUCGUCGGUGAAGAAAGGAGGGACCGUAGCUGGAGUAAUAUCUGGGAAAAUCACCAUCCCGGAUAUAGCAUCGAAUAUGCCUAGGAAGUUCAUCCAUCAACACUUAAUACAUCCCGCCACAUUUGACAAUGCUUUGCAUGCAGGAUUCGCCGCGGUCUCUGCUCUGAGUGACACUGUGGCACAGAAAAACGGUCUCGUCCCCAGCUUCAUUGCCCGGGCUUGGGUAUCUGCGAGUAUCCCAGACCAAGGAACUCUCGAAUGCUACGCGAGAGCAUGCCCCGUUGCCCAUAGCGCGUAUAGCAUUGAUACACAAGUGUGGGACGCUCAGAACCGCAAUGGAGCUCUUUCUCUUCGCGGAGUGCGCUUUUCCCCCUUUCAGUUUCAGACAACUGGACGGACCGAGAAUCACCUUUGCUGUUCCAUGCAAUGGAACAAUGAUGCAAACUUCAUCGCUAAUGCGUCGAUGGUUCUGCCGAGAGAGGAGCACAUGAGCUAUGACGGACAGAAAAUCCGUUUCUCGGAACUGCAGCUAGCAGCUGCACUAUUAGCCAGCAAUACAGUGCUUGAGCUGGAGGGGUAUCAUUUUCCGCCGACCAUCCCACACCACUACUUGCAAUGCCGAGAGUAUCUAAACAAAUUGGUAGCAGAUGCAGCACAGGGAUUGGUGCCCGGUAUCAGCAUAGAUGAGUGGCAGAAGUACGUGCAGGACAGUGAGAUGAGAAGCAGGCUUUUUGUGCGAGUUGCUGCGCGUGACACUGCCGGAGAACUUCUGUUGCGCAUGGGCACCAAUCUUUGCUCAAUUCUGAAGCAGGAAUGCGAUCCGUUGCACCUCAUGUUUGGCCAAGAUGAGAUCAUGACCAGGUUCUAUGAAAUGACCAUAGAGACAGGUCCCAUACCAGCUAGCCUCGAGCAAGUCAUGCACACGUUCCGCUACACCUACUCAGGUCUCAGAAUUCUCGAGAUAGGUGCCGGGACCGGAGCUUUUACCCACUCAAUCUUACGCUACCUCUGUCCUGUGGAGAACGACAGGGAGCCAUAUGAGAACUGCGUUGCUCAAUACGAUUACACUGAUCUGUCGCCGAGCUUUUUCGAGAAAGCCAAGUCUCGCCUCGCUGACUGGGAUGAGAUGCUCCAAUUUAAGGUGUUGAAUAUCAGCGUGGAUCCUCUCUCGCAAGGGUUUACGCGGGAAUCGUACGAUAUGGUAAUCGCUAGCAACGUCCUCCACGCCACCCCGGAUCUGACCCAGACUGUGAAAUAUGCCCGCUCACUGCUGAAGCCUGGCGGCAAGAUAGUCCUCCUUGAGGGUUGCAGACAAGACAUUUUGCAUAUUAAUGUCAUUUUUGGUGUCUUGAUUGGCUGGUGGUUAGCGACAGAGCCAUUGCGAAAAUGGUGCCCCUACGUACCGGUUGAAGAGUGGCAAGAAAUACUAUUGCAGUCGAGUUUCUCCGGUAUCGAUGUCGAUAUUCCAAGCUCGCGGUACCCGGAGUUCAAGGAGAACAGCCUCAUGGUUUCUACAGCGGUUGCCCCUGCAGGAUCUUCCAAUAAGCACCAAGUCAUCAUCAUCACCCAUGAGACCCAGAGUGGCGAGGUAGCCAAGGCUCUACACGAAUACCUCCGCAGCAAAGGGAUCAAUUCCUGUGCUGUUGAAACUCUGCAGUCCUUGUCUGAUAAAGACCUCAGCGACGUCAUCUGCAUUUCUCUUCUGGAGCUUCACCAUCCAGUGUUACAUGAGAUGGAUGAAGUCUGUUUUGACCAUAUCAAACACUUGAUGACCAGCUGUGACCGCAUACAAUGGGUAACUUGUAUGGAAGACCCGAUGCAUAGUCUCGCGGUUGGUCUCAUCCGCACGAUCCGAUGGGAGCGUGCGUCAGAGCGUCUAAAUCUAGUUACCUUGGCGGUCGACAUCGCGGCCAAUCUGACAGAAGACAUUGUCACCGGGAUUGCUCAAGUCUUCGUGCACCAAUAUCUGACCGAAGGACGCGCAGGAGUCCGCCACCGCAAUGCGGAAUAUCGCCUUCAUGGCUCGCAGGUUCAGACAAACCGAAUCGUCAAGAGUACUGAGGUAACAGGUCUAAUCAACGCCCGAGGUUCAUGCUCAAAGGUCCUAUCAACAGAAUGGAAGUCCUUGAAAUGGCCGGCGAAACUUUCGAUUGCAAGCACUGGAACACUUGAUGGUCUACGCUGGGUGUCCGACACGGAUCUUUUACCUCCUCUGGGACCGACGGAAGUGGAGAUCCGCGUUUGCGCAGUGGGCAUCAACUUCAAGGAUUUGCUCACGGUUUUUGGGGAGGUUCCGCACGAUAGCAUUGGCUGUGAGGCUGCCGGCGUCAUCACUCGAGUUGGAGCAGCCGUCUGCAGUCGGCUACAAAUCCGGGAUCGAGUAGUAUAUCAUGAAGACCCAGCGCAUGCGGGCACCUUCCGGACAAUCGGACGAGCUGAGCAGGACUUUGUGGUGCGCAUCCCACACGGACGAAGCUUUGAGGAGGCCGCCAGUAUGAUAGUCAUCUGGGCUACGGCUCUAUAUGGUCUGAAGUGGGUUGCCAAUUUGAAACCUGGGGAAUCGGUUUUGAUCCAUGCGGCUGCGGGUGGCGUCGGACAGGCGGCCAUACAGUACGCUCAAAUGGUAGGAGCCGAGGUCUUUGCCACCGUCUCGACUGUUGAGAAAAAGACACUACUGAUGGACGAGUACGGGAUCAAGGCGGAGCGCAUCUUCUUCAGCCGGGAUUUGGCUUUCGUAACCGGGAUCACAAGAUUGGCACCGCAGGGAGUCGACGUCAUCUUGAACUCGAUGGCAGGAGAAGCCUUGCAGGAGACAUGGGGCUGUCUCGCCCCCUUUGGACGCUUCAUAGAAAUCGGCAAGCGUGACAUCCUGUCUGGGGGGAAGCUGCCCAUGAGCCCAUUCCACGACAAUCGAACUUUUGCGGGAGUAAAUCUCGUUGCGCUGGCGCGGCUUCGUCCCAAGGUCGUUAGGGAACUUCUACAGGAGGUCAUGCAACUGUGGCAGGAGGAAAAGAUUCACCCACCCAAGCCGAUAACGGUGGUGCCGUAUGGACAGAUCCAGGCCGCUUUGCGAACCCUCCAGACAGGUUCAAAUAUGGGCAAGAUUGUCUGCAUUCCACAGGCGGAGGACACGAUUCCUUAUAUUGAAGAGAGACCAGCCCCGUACCGUUUGGAUCCAACUGCCGUAUAUAUCCUAGCGGGUGGGAUGGGGGGACUCGGCCGGAGUAUCGCCCACUGGAUGGCCACGCGAGGAGCGAGGCAUCUGGUUUUCCUCAGUCGAUCCAAUAAGCUACACCCUGCUGGAGAAACAAUGGUGUCAACACUGGAGGCCAUGGGGUGCCGGGUCCAAGUCAUCUGCUGCGAUAUCUUCGACGGUGCGCGGGUCAAGACCGUCUUUGAGGACAUUCAAGGCCCUACUGGCGCUCGUAUUCGAGGCUGCAUCAUCUGCUCACUUUCUUUGGCGGACAGUUCUUUCAAUGAAAUGAGCCACCGUCAAUGGCAGGAGCCUCUCCAGGCCAAAGUGCAGGGUUCCUGGAACAUCCAUAGAUACUUAUCAUCCGACCACCUACAAUUCUUUGUUAUGCUUUCCUCCAUAGCUGGCGUGGUCGGAAAUCGUGGUCAAGCAAAUUACAACGCCGGGAAUGUCUUCCAAGACACCCUAGCCGAGCUACGGGUUUCCCAGGGUCUUCCGGCCAUGAGCAUUAACCUCAGUGCCGUCGCAUCGGUGGGAUACAUCGCUGAGCGCAAGGAGUCUCUGCGUCACAUGCUCAAGGCCUUCACCACGCACAGUGCGGAUGAGAUGUUAGCGAUACUCGAGUACGCUCUGGAUCCGCGCCGGCCACCGUCGCUGGCGACGUGCCAGCUCGUGUGCGGUUUAGUUACCCAGUCCGCUUACGAGCAGCGCGGCAUUCCCGCCCCGCGCCCCCUGCAUGAUCCACUCUUCGUGCAUCUGCGGGACCGGUCAGUCCCAGCCGAUACGGCAAAGGCGGCGGACGGUGCAUCCGGGCAGUACUGCAUGCAAGCCUUGCUGGCUACGGCGCAGAGCGACGAAGCCGCGGCGCAGGUUGUGCUGACGGGUAUUCAGAAGAAGUUGUCCUCGGUUCUGAGCAUCGCUGAAGGCGAGGUCGAUCCGUCACGCUCUGUUCGCGAAAAUGGGGUGGACUCCCUCAUCGAGAUGGAGUUCCGCACUUGGGUGUCCAGAGAGCUCGAGAUGCGAUUGGAAAAGGCCGAUCUGAGUGGGAAGACUCUGAGCGAGUUGAGUGUGGAGGCGGGGACAGUGGACGACCUCCAAGCUUCAAGCUCAAGUGUCAAAUUCCGAGGUCAAGUGUCUGGCAAGCUGAAAAGAAAACAAUGUCAUUCAUUGGUACUCCAGGCCAUUGCGGCGAGCAACUAA